GUACUGGGGGAAAGCUUGAUGUGAAGGGGCUGGCAGGUUUGGACAGUAGUGACUGGAUCCGUGCGGGAUGGAUGGAUCGUCUGGGUAGCGUCAGGUGUAGUCAGGCCGGCCAGGUCAGCAACGUGCGGGCCGUGAGGUACCGGAGGAGCAGGCAGAGAAUAGUCAGGGUCACAAGCUGGGUUCAGCAGAAGGAUGGUCAGCAGAGGUCAGGAUCAAAGCAGGGUCAGCAACUAGGCAGGAACACAGGAUACCAGGUACAGGGGCUCAUGGGAAACAUACACCAAGGCACU